AUGUGGGUCGGCGACCAACACCAGGGGCCGCACCGCUACGCCAGCAAUUGGUCCUCCUGCGGUCCGGCUGCCGGCGCACCAGAAGGAGGGGGGCCGCUGCCGCCUAAUACGAUGCUUCCACAUCAGCCACGUGACCACGAACAGCAGCAGGGAAGUGACCAACGGCACGUGAUGCCAUUUCCUUCGGUCCCAGCGCCAACUCCCGCAAGAAGUGCUGCGGCAGGAGCGUCCGCCCACCGGUCGAAACAGAAGCGCGCCCGGGGCGAUCCUUUGGGGCGUCGCUCACAACAUCAAAGACCGCCUGCUCCUCACGAGGACACAACCGAAGCUGAGCCUUCGGGCUGCAACCCCGACAAGCAGCGCGGGAACCAAGGGGGGCCGAGUUGCGAGCCUGAUCCUGGAAGCAGACAAAGGGCUGAGAAGAGGGAGAGUGGCUUUUUUCCAAAGAGGCAUAUGCAGCGGGCAGACGAGCUGGCAUGUGCAAAACGCAUACCACUCGACGAACUCGUCGAUCGCGCCUACGUCCUGGCAUGUGCAGCGGGCUUUCACGACCCAAGCGGGCACGUAACGCCGGGCGAACUGGACAGCAUCCAACUCGUGACAGUGCUGGAG